CCUCUGGGCGCUCUGGGAGCUGACGGAGAGGGCCGCCGCCCAGCAGUAGACUCUGUCUCCGCCUGCCAAGCCGCAGUCUCCGCGGUUUGUGAGUGAGCCCCGGCCCGGUCCCUUCUUCCGCCGCCGCCAUGGGGUGCACGUUGAGCGCCGAAGAUAAGGCGGCGGUGGAGCGAAGCAAGAUGAUCGACCGCAACUUGCGGGAGGACGGGGAGAAAGCGGCCAAAGAAGUGAAGCUGCUGCUACUCGGUGCUGGAGAAUCUGGCAAAAGCACUAUUGUGAAACAGAUGAAAAUCAUUCAUGAAGAUGGCUAUUCAGAGGAAGAAUGUAAACAAUAUAAAGUAGUUGUCUACAGCAAUACUAUACAGUCCAUCAUUGCAAUCAUAAGAGCCAUGGGACGGCUAAAGAUUGACUUUGGGGAAGCUGCCAGAGCAGACGAUGCCCGGCAAUUGUUUGUUUUAGCUGGCAGUGCCGAAGAAGGAGUCAUGACUCCAGAAUUAGCAGGAGUGAUUAAACGGUUAUGGCGAGAUGGUGGGGUGCAAGCUUGCUUCAGCAGAUCCAGGGAAUAUCAGCUCAAUGAUUCUGCUUCAUAUUACCUAAAUGAUUUGGAUAGAAUAUCCCAAACCAACUACAUUCCAACUCAGCAAGAUGUUUUGCGGACGAGAGUGAAGACCACAGGCAUUGUGGAAACACAUUUCACUUUCAAAGACCUAUACUUCAAGAUGUUUGAUGUAGGUGGCCAAAGAUCAGAACGAAAAAAGUGGAUUCACUGUUUUGAGGGAGUGACAGCAAUUAUCUUCUGUGUGGCCCUCAGUGAUUAUGACCUUGUUCUGGCUGAAGAUGAGGAGAUGAACCGAAUGCAUGAAAGCAUGAAACUCUUUGACAGCAUCUGUAACAACAAAUGGUUUACAGACACUUCGAUCAUUCUGUUUCUCAACAAGAAAGAUCUUUUUGAGGAAAAAAUAAAGAGGAGUUCAUUAACUAUCUGUUAUCCAGAAUACACAGGUUCCAAUACAUAUGAAGAAGCAGCUGCGUACAUUCAGUGCCAGUUUGAAGAUCUGAACAGAAGAAAAGAUACCAAGGAGAUCUAUACCCACUUCACCUGUGCCACAGACACCAAGAAUGUGCAGUUUGUUUUUGAUGCUGUAACAGAUGUCAUCAUUAAAAACAACUUAAAGGAAUGUGGACUUUAUUGAAGAAUGUGGAUGUUAAUAAAAGUUAUUACGGUGUGGAGUGUUGAGACCAGACUUCCUUUGCUGCCUCAUUGGGCAGCUGCAAGCAUGAACGGGACCAGGGAAUGGCGGCAGCAUGCAGAAUCCUAGCACUCUUUUAGCACAAUCUUCUGUAUUAGGGAACUCUUAAUUGACACGAGAUGCUAAAGUCAGACAUUGGAAUUGGAGCAACUGUAAAGUAUGAUUUGAUCACCGAGACAUGACUUGGAUUUCAUAGUCUCAAACGUUAGGCCAGAUGUGAAGUGAGGUGCUGCAUUCCAGAACUUCAAUAUGUAGCUUACUGUUUUUCUUCUUCCCUCUUGACAAACCACCAGUAGUUCAUUUUUUCAAGUUUUGUUUUUUUUUUUUUCAUCAAGGGAAGAAUAACUUCACUGAAUUUUAUUUUUUUGUGAAAGAAUCUUUAUUAAAACACAAACAAUCUUAACUAUGCACAUGAUGUGACCAGAUCAUCUUGAAAAUAUUCCUCUUAGUAGGAACUCUUUGUUUUUAACUCUAGGUAUGGUCAGAAUAUAAUAUUUCCAUAAUAACUUAAUUCUUUUCAGUUAUUUGGGCUCUAAUUAUAGGUUUUUGGAUGAAAUUUAUCUUACUAUCCUGUUCAGUGUACCAUUAUGGUUUCUAAAUGGCAGUUACAUUGAAGAAGUCUAUAAUAAGAUUCUAGCUCUCUUUUUUGUUUUUUUUUAAGCUUGUGGUUGAAGGUUAACCUAGUUUAUGCUGAUCACCAAAUUACUAGGUAAAUGCUGAUGUAGUAUGAUAAAGUCAGCUUCUUGGAUACAGACACACCCAGGGCAGCUGUCAGUUAGAAAAGUAUAUUGCUAAAUUCCAAACAGAACCAGUGACUUUGCUGCUACAUAUCUGCUAAAUUGAUCACUUUGAUUCUUGCUUGUUUGUCUCAGUCAUAGGGAGUUGUGUAAAAGAUGCCCCAUGUUUUCCGUCUUCCAUUGGCCUUCUCUGUUGAGAAACAUCUGAAGUGUAUUAAAAGUGCAUGCUUUUACUUUGUAAAUGUGGUGCCAAAUCCCUGUUUGCCAUUGUUUUUACUGUAGCAAUGUUGAUUGUAGUGAUCCUUAGUCAGUACCUUGUUUUGUUGAAACUAUUGAUUUUGGGACUUUUUUCUACUUUGUUGUGUGUACAGAUUUUAAUCUGUUAUAGUUGGCAGCAGUAUUAAAAUGGCGAGUAAAGAGUC